CCAGUCAGCCAGUCGCCUCGCAUUCGUCGCGUGGGGUGCGCGCGUCGGCCGCCUAGCGUGUAUUUGUGUUCGUUUCGAAUGCUUCAACGUGAACGUGAUUCGUUCGAAUUGCGAAUUCAAUUUCAGAAUGUUUACUUGAAAUUACUUUUUAACUUUGUCGAUUUGUAUUGGAAGUAGAACAGGAGUGUUUGAGUUACUGACUAGUUUUUUGAAAACGUUUUCGUUGCGUUAUUUUCAGUGGAAUGCACUACUGCAGAGGUUGUGUGUAAAAAUAGUUUGAGUGGUAGUGAUGUGAAUUAUUGGUUUUGUGCAUUAACUUGGAUUCUAUCAACAUGUUCGGAGUCUUCAUUAGGAAAUGGAACUCGAAAAGAAUAUCCAACAACGAAAGAAAUGAAGUUCCCUGUACGGACAGCAACGUUUCCCCAGAACCACCUGAUCGACCGCCUGGGAAGGUGCGACAAAUUCAUCCGGAACAGAAAGCCCAAGUUCUAGCCUACGAUUCGAGCUAUAGGAAGAGAAAUAAGCCGAAGAGCUUGCCUCUAGAAGACAACAAUCAGCUGUAUAAUCAUUUGGCGAAUACGAACGUGGCUAUGUCACCGAUGUAUCCGCUGACUCCGAACAUUUGCAUAGAAGGGGGAAAGAUUGAGUUCAUAAAAUCGCCGCCGGAGAGCGCUAGGAACAGUUUGGCGCUAGCGUCGCCGCCACAGACGCCACUUUUGAUGCGGCACGGCUCACGAGAGAAACGUGAGCUCCGCGCGUGUAGCGACGAGCCGGAGAAGUUCGACGGUGACAAGGAGCUUCUUGAAAAGAGAAUAAAGCAGUUAGAAGAUCAAUUGGAAGAAGAGAAAAGAAGGACGCAGAAGGAGCGCAUGGCAGUCACGAAACUCCAAAACAAACUUAUCAAGCGCGAGGGUGCGGCGCGCAACGAUGCGGAGCGGGAGCGGCGCGCGCGCGGCGACUGGGAGGCUCGGGCCCGCGCCGCCGAGACCGACGCCGCGCGUCUGGCCGGCAAGCUGCAUGCUGCGCAACGGGAGAUUGCCAGGAUGGAGGAUACAGUCCGCUCGCUGCUGCAGUACAAGAGCCGUGCAGAAACUUUGAAGCAAGAGAAGGUGUCACUGUCAUCAGCUCUGGAGGCGUCCGCUGCGCACUACCAGAGCCAGUUAGCUGCGCUGUCAGCGGAGAACGAGCGGCUGCGGGGCGAGCUGACGGCGCUGUCUACUGGUGUGGUGGACAGCGACCACGAGCGCCGGCUGGACGACGUCGCCCAGCAGGUCGUGAGGGCGCUACUGUCGCAGAAGAGCAUACGCGAGGAGUUGGGAUGUGCUCGAGCGAGGAUCCGGGAGCUGGAAGGGCAGAAUCGAGCCCUGAGUUCUCUGCUGGUGCGGCAGCUGCGACCCCAGCCCAGGCCGUCUCCGGCGACACCGCACACACCCCUCACUCCUCACACACCCAGAGACUUACAAGUGCAUCUGGUGGACGUAGGGUCCUGUGGUUCGCUGGUGUCGUUCAGAGAUUCUCCACCCCCGGCGCCCCCCACCUCACACCCUCACCCUCUGAGUCAUGAUGAUAAGCGGAGGCAUCAAAUCCUGGCCGACAUUUGGACUGAACUAAAGGGCCUCGAAGUGACGCCAGCAAAUCUCGCUCGAGCCCUCUCAGCGGUAGACCCUACGCUGUGGGCGCCGCCAGCCCGACCAGCUACCCUGAGCCUGAGUAUGCCACAGCCUUGUUCAGACGCUGCUAAAGGUACGACAAGAGAAAAGGGAGCAGAUGAAGGCAGUGGCGAGGCUUGUGAAGCUGGAGCAGAAUCUCCCGAAAGUGGUGCAAAAGAUGAAGGGUAUUCUACAAUGUCUAGCGAUGUUCAAGCGGAUGCCUCGAGGCAAAGCGAUCAUGCUGUUGAUAGAGUUUUGCCGGAUCUCAAUGAGGCUUCUGAUGAAACCGACAAUCAAACCAUUGUAUCAAUAAACCCUCGAGAAUCUCGUCGACACGCAAGAAUGUUGGACGCGGACUACAUAUGUUUUCCUAUCGGAGUAGCUUUUGCCGGAAUAAGGGGCAGCUAUCCCCCGUCUAGGCCAGUUUUACCUUUCCAACAUGUCGUUAGAAGUUUUUCAGAUUCGCAUUUGUGCUUAAAGUUUCUGGCGGGAACGACUUGUCCCUCUACUUGUCUAGACACGCCGACGCCGAGCUCCGGUGUAUUGGUUUUAGAUAUAAAACCCGCACCUGAAAGGCCUUUGAGACGAGCUGCGAUACCAUCGACGACGAGCUCCGAAAGAGCAUCUUGGGGAAGCACUUUAGAUGAUAGAGUAGAUGUUGCUCAGUAUGAAGCAGAUUAUGUUCAGCAUUGGUUAGAAUUAGAUGAUGCGAGAUCUGCGCUGCAACAAAGGCACAGGGACUUAGCAGACUUAGAGUACGAUAGAGCGGAAUUAGAAGAUUGGAGUUUGUCGCUGUCAUGCGAAGAUCUCAGGGAUAGACAUUCUCCGUUCGCUGAAAUUACUACUCCUGGCCAAAUAUCCCUGUCAACCUUACCUAGUAUUAGAGAAGAUGAUGCUUUAGAAUUAGAAGAAGAUGUGGGUGACUGCUUAUGGAAUGAUUGUGGUUUUGCAACAAUAGAAAUUGAAGAAUGUAGAAUUGCAGACGAUGCAGAGACUUCUGAAAAGCGAUGGGAAUACUCUGGGACUCACUCUCCUGGUGGUUCUUGGUCAAGUGCCUCUGACGUUCAAGAGAAACGUUGUAGUACAGCUUUAAGUGAGGAAGGAGAUUGUGCGAAUGUUGGCCUUGAUUUUACGCGUGAUUUUUAUAGACUUGUCAAAUAUGAAAGCACAAAAAGUUUAGCAUCAAACUCAUCCAAAGGUAUACCGCUCGCUGCUCAAGACCCUAAUAGUCACUUACGUAUUAACGAUGUUCAGUCGGUAGGCCUACAAGAUCGUGAACAAGCGCUUCAAAGUGUUUUGAAUUUUAUAGCCGAGCAGCAAAAAUACUGUCGUGAUCGGGAAGAAUCUGAUUCAAUGUCAUCCCGUCCUGUAUCUGAAAUUCGAGAACUACCUCCUCCAUAUGCAGCGGCCGACUUUGACGACGAAUCCGUUGAUCCCCGAAGCGAGGUUUCUGAAGAUAGGCAAAGGCCUGACUCUUUCGGAAGUUUCUCCGAAAAUGACUCCUGUGAUAUUAUAGCUGAUAGACCAAGAAUGUCGUAUUGUGAUGUUUCCGAGCCAAAAUCGACACCUAGAUAUAUAGAAAGAGAAGAUCCUUAUAAUGAUUCAGAAGAUUACUAUGUUGAGAUAUCGCGCAACGAGAAUUUGGAAAACGAAAUCGACAAUAGGCAACUUUCAAAAGUGCAAAGAAAGAAUGAAAUCAAUAGAGGUGUUGAUGUAGAUGAUUCUACGGAAGUUGACCGUUUAGUUGCAAAGGAGUAUAAAAAUUGUGAAAUAGAAUCUAGUCAUAAUUCAGAAAAUACUACCGCCCUAAAAGAAAAUACCCUUAAUAUCAAAUUAAACAAACAAGUUUCUAACGAAAAAGAAACUGAAUCCACACUAACAAAAUCUAAUAGUUUCCAAUAUCCUGAAACUGACAUGUCACUCGUUGAAGAAGUUUUAAAUGCUUGUAGACGAAGCUCAUUGGUUCUCGGUACUGUUCCUGAAGAGGAGGAAAACUCAUCGCCAGAGACUAGUUCUCCUCAAAUGACUGAAUCAAACACGACAAGUACGUCAACUGCUGAAACUGUGAUAAUAAGUAAUAAGAGUGAGGGUAUUCAGAAAGAAGUGAGACGGAGGGGAGAAAAAAGUCGCAUUCCCAUGCUAUUAGGAGGUAAAAGGCCUCCAUCUUCACCGAAUAGGACGAAAUCGAAAAUACCCGUCGCCGGGAAGAACCGUCCCUCUACGACGCAAACAGUUCCGGAAUCAAUCAUUAUCAAGCAAGAACAUUCCCUCAGCUUUCACGAAGCUGCCACUUCAAAGGAUGUUAUUGAUGAGCUUAAUAGAAUGAUUCGUCAAAGCGAAGGUCCAUUGACAGUAAAUGAGGUGAAGCAAGAAGACAAAACUGAAAAAACAUGUUUGAAUAAAGACAACGCUCUGUGGGCGCCGACAGGCUGGGUGCACGUUGAAAAAGACAUUGAUUUCAGCGAUCCCAAGGCACGAGCCAACCUGCUAGACGUGAUGCUGGCGUCCAGCGACUCGUCUCCAUCAUCAUGCGGCUCGUCUCCCGCGGAACCGCCGCCGCCGCCGCCGCCGUACUCUCGCCUGCACAGACUACAUCGAUCCCGACGGCAAAAUACCGCGGCGGCGCUGCGCGUGCGGGGCCUCGCGGUGCUGCGCGCGCCGCGCGUCCGCCGCCCCUCCAUCCUCGGCCGCGACGGCUUCUUCGUCCGCUACGGGGACCCCGAGCGAGCCGCCGUCGCCACCUUCGACUUCCUAGACGACUUCUCCGCCGGAUCGUCCCCCGACGCCAAAGACUGUUAGCGAUAAACGACGCUCCAGAACUAUAUUUUUGUACGUCGUGAUAAGGUGCGGACCGGCCUCGCUUCUGUCGUGUGAGCCAAAUAGUUUUACGAGUAGCGGCUGCUCUCCGACGUCCGCCAGGCUGCAGCUUCCUUCCGCCCGUACACGCAGCGCAGACCGAGCGGUCGGCGCCCGACUUUUAGUUACUGACUUUUUGUGCUCGAGUUCUUAAUUUAUUGAUGUUUUUAAAUUCGAACAUGCGAUUUAAGCUACUUUUGAUGCAAUAUCUCAAAAUAAUUAUAAUUUAUAAAGUAUUUUAGUGUCGUAACUUGUAAGUACAGUACGUGUAGAAUCGAUUUAAGUUUGUUUUGUUACUUCACGCUGUCUAGUUUACGCUUCGAGCCUACCGACGAAUUAGGUAAGAAGAAGUAUUAAGUAAUGACUAAGUAAUUGAAAGCUGCGGCCUCGAAGUAAUGUGAUAUUUUUGUAUAUACUUGUAAGUCCCAAUUAUUUUCGUAUACAUUUAAAUGGAUUCCUUUCGAAAUGUACGAAGAAAAGCGUUAUUGUUGGAACUAGAAUGGAGAAGUUUUCGAAGCCAGGUAUCGACGGUUUUUAUGUUAUCGUCACCUCGUUUAUACCUACUAAGUACUAUCUAUAGUUGCGUUCUAUUUUAACGUGUGAGUGCUUUGCGCCAUACAAAAUCUAAGCAAUUUAAACGAUGCAAUUAAUAGUCUAAAGUCCUAAUCUAAUCUAUUGUGUAGGUAUUAUAAGUAUUCCUUGAAUCUUUGAUUCGUGGCUUCGAAUCGUUGAAAAUGUAAAUAUUUACAAUUAUUGUGCUAGUAACUUAGUUAUGGAAAUAGUCAUAAUUAUGGUGUAACGACAGUAUAGUUAUAAAAUCCAUUAAAUCCAAGGGUACUAAACUAUGGUAGGUGUAUAUAUUGUGUAACGUCAUUUAAACUAUUUAUUUAGUUGUAUGAUUUGCGAUCUAUCAAUAAUAAUUUGUGUAUACUUAGGCACAUAUCAUUAAACUGUAUUAUUUCGUUAGUUACAAUUCCAGUAUUGACAAGAAUUUUAACUCUCAAUGUUACUCAUAAAUCUACAACGUAUAUAACAUUUAAUAAUAAUAAUAAACAAGUGUUUGGAACUCAAGUACAAGACCAAAACUUUACGCAAUUGAUAUUGUUUGUUGUUAGAAGCAUUGUCAAUACUGGUUAUUAUUAAUUAUGGUUAUAAACCUUUAUGUAGGGAUUUUCAGCUUAUCUUAUUACUUGUAGAUAUUCUAAUAAACCAAAGCGAUUUACACAGAAAUUUGCCACCACUUGUUACGCUGAGACACGACUCUGUCCUGGUUAUUUUGCCCAUAUUUAUUUUAAUGGCAAAGUUUAAAGACAAUAAGAAAGAUUUAUACCUAUUAAGAAAAAAAUUAACGAACAACUCGAUCGAUAUUUAUAAGAAUAAUUCAUAUGUCUAUGUAACGAAUUGACCUGUAUUUAAUUUGUGAAAACUCAAAACCCGUUGUCUGUGCGUAGUCAUAUGUCUCAUUCUAGGAUAAACUUGGAGGCAUUCAGAUACACAUUUUCAAUUUUUAUAAAAAAAAAUGUUUAUUUGAACAACUCUAUUUGAAGUUCGAAAAACGUCUUGUCCAAAUCUAUAGCAACAUUGAAUUUUUAAAUGUGUAUCUGAAUUCUGAAUACGUGUUAUUUCAAAUAAUGUAACUAUUUAAUAUUUUUACAAUACAAACAAAAUCUCAUAAAUGAUAUAAUCCUAAUAAAAUGCAAUAACGUAAUUAA